AUGCCGCAGGACGAAUCCAAGCUCGCCGAUCCCGUUAAGGAGGAGGCUGAGAAGCAGCUCGCUGCCGACAAGGCCAAGCAGCCCGCCGUCGAGUCCGAAUCCGAGGACGAUGACGUUGCUGACGCCGAUGGAGAUCACGAAGCUGACGCUGCGCAGGGCGCCGAGAGCUCUGCAGCAGGCGCCGCCAAGAAGAAGAAGAAGAAGUCCAAGCGAAAGAAGCUCAAGGAUGCCCUCACCGGCAAAUCCUCCGACCCCGAUGCCGACAAGAAGGAAGCCAUAGACAAGCUCACCCCUAAACAAAUACAAGACUUUAUGGCCUUCAAUCCAGCCCUGGCGCAGGAGGUCAAUGCCCUCGCCGGCGGAAGCAGCUCCGGCAGCGUCGAUCCUGCUCGCGCCGCCGAGCUGCUCAAAAAGCUCAAGCUCGAGGACGUCAUGACCGGCCUGGCCUCGACGGGCAAGAACGUCAAGGACAUGGCCUCCUACAAGUUUUGGCAGACGCAGCCCGUGCCCCGAUUCGACGACGCCGGCUCCUCCAAACCCAUCGAGGAGGGCCCCAUCAGAGUUCAGAGUCUCGACGAGGUCCCCAAGGAGCCCGCUCCGCUAGGGAUCGAGGGCUUCGAAUGGGCCACAGUCGAUAUAGAGGAUCCAGCGCAGAUCAAGGAAGUCUACGAGCUGCUCAAUGGACACUUUGUCGAGGAUAAUGAGGCCAUGUUCCGCUUCAACUAUGGGACCUCCACCCUCAAGUGGGCCAUGAUGCCGCCGGGCUGGAAGAAGGAGUGGCAUGUCGGAAUUCGAACGACGUCCUCAAAGAGGCUGGUCGCCUUCAUCUCGGCCAUCCCGGUAGAAUUGCGGCUUCGAGACAAGGUCCUACACUCGUCAGAGGUCAAUUUCAUGGUCGUCCACAAGAAGCUACGGUCGAAGCGUUUGGCCCCGGUCCUAAUCAAGGAGAUCACCAGGCUGUGCAACCAGCAAGGCGUCUGGCAGGCCAUAUACACGGCGGGCGUCGUGCUGCCAAAGCCGGUGAGCACGUGUCGCUACUAUCACCGAGCCCUGAACUGGCAAAAGCUGUACGAGGUUGGAUUCAGCCCCCUGCCUCCUAACAGCAAGCCCCAGUAUCAGAUCCGCAAGUAUCACCUACCCGAACAGACCUCAAUCAAGGGUCUCAGAGAGAUGAAAUCUGAAGAUGUGCCAGCCGUGCUCACUCUGCUCAAGCGGUAUCUCAGACGCUAUGAGAUGACUCCUGAGUGGAACGAGGAAGAAGCGGAGCAUUGGCUGCUACCCAAGGUGGAGCAGGGUGACGAGCAGUUUGUCUGGUCGUUUGUGGUUGAGGAUGAAAACAAGAAAAUCACCGACUUCGUCUCCUUCUACUCGUUGGAGUCGACCGUCAUCAACAACCCGCGGCACUCCGUCAUCCGUGCUGCCUACCUCUAUUACUAUGCCACAGAGGUUGGACUGACUGAGCCAGUUGAUAAAAAGGCCCUGAAGACUCGGCUAAACGAGCUUGUUCAUGAUCAACUAAUCUUGGCAAAACGACACAGGUUUGAUGUCUUCAACGCCCUCUCCCUCAUGGACAAUGGUCUCUUCCUCGAAGAGCAGAAGUUUGGUGGAGGAGACGGCCAGCUGCAUUACUACCUCUUCAACUACCGCGCAAAUCCUGUUGCUGGUGGCAUCAACAGGAGAAACCAGCUAGAUGAGGACGGCUUAAGCGGCAUCGGUUUCGUAAUGUUGUAA